GAGGGACCAUGAGGACUCGGUGGUCCCUCAUCCUCAAGGACUAUGUGGCCAUUAGAGAGGCAGUGCUGGCCAGCCCAAGGUUGAUGGCUCAGACCAACAUCCAGCUCUUUGAAUUGAAUCGAAUUGAGAACUCAGUGGUGGUGGAGAACUGGUAUGACAUCCUGAGGGAAGUCGCAGCGUCCACUUUAUCCAAAAGAGGACAUUUUUGUUAAGUGAUAGCGAGGUCUGAGCUCAUCUGCAGGUUACUGGGCCACCUGCUGACCUCAGACCAGCCUCUGACUGGAACUCAGCCCGUAGAACCUCCGUCUAUGACGCCUUCCAUUAUGCUGUCAUCAGAACUUCUGCAGCACCUCACGUCUUCACUAGAACCUAACACGGAUGAAACUCUGUGAGAGACAUUCACAGGCGUCUCUGUUCCAUCAGACGACGAAAGCAUUUACAUCUUUCACAACAGCUUUCAAGUUUCAAAGGAGAUGAACGCGCGACCUGAAAAACCACCACCUGCGAGGCCUUUACCAAGAAGACAAAACAUUCCCAGACCAACGUUACAACACAAGAAUAAUUUCACCAUGAAAAGAAACAAGACUGCGCUGAAGCCAAAGUCAACUCAACUGACGGUCCUGCCAUCAGUCGACAAGGGUCCUCAGAAAAGCCCAAAAGUUGUCUUGCCACCUAUCUCCAAGGACCGGAAGAACACCCAGUCGGGGCUCAGCCUCUAUCAGCAUCCUUCGCUGCCACCGAUCUGCACGUCCCCGCAGAAAACUUCCCAUCGAGAGUCUUCUCAGCAACAAGCGGGUACACAGAGUGGCAAAACCUGCCCUGAGGAAACCUCUGGUUCAGAGGAUCAGAGAGUCAACAAGACGCCUUCUGUCGAAACACCUGCCAUGUCUCCUGAAGCUGUCCUGAGAGAGUCCAAGCCAUAUCUGACCGAGUAUGAGCUGGAGGAAAUCCAGGACUACCAACAGGUGUGGUACCUGGGGAAGGAGGCCAGCAAGACUCGUUACUCAAACGUCACCGAAACCCAGGAUAUGGAGUGCUUCAACUCUGGCUAUGACACUGAGGAAGGAUUUUACAAAGCUAUUAUCAGUGACCACUUGGCCUAUCGCUUUGAAAUACUGGCGGUGAUUGGGACAGGCUACUCUGGACAGGUCCUCAAAUGCAUAGACCACAAGACCAUGGAGCUGGUGGCCAUCAAGGUCAUUCGAAGCAAAGACAGUGUUCAUCAGGUGGGAAAGGCUGAAGUGAGGAAUUUAGAAGCCCUGCGAGAGCUGGACAAGACCAACACAGCCAACAUUGUCCACAUGAAGGAAAACUUCUACUUCCGCAAUCACCUCUGCAUCACUUUUGAACUCUUUGAAAAGGACCUUUACAAAGCCUUAAGAGAUUCCAGCCGGCGAGGACUCAGUGAGAAAGAGGUGAGAAAAUACGCCACAGACGUGCUGAAGUGUCUACAGCUGCUCAAAAAGAGGAGGAUGAUCCACGGUGACCUUAAACCGGAUAACAUACUUCUCUACAAAAGGGGCAGUGAGAAGCGUACGGCAGUCUGCGACUUUGGAGGGAGCUACUUCGUGAAACACAGACACCAACCCCUCAUCCACACUCUGUACUACGUGUCUCCAGAGAUGCUCCUUGGCAAAAGGUGCAGCCCGGCUAUCGACAUGUGGAGCCUGGGCUGCGUGUUAGCUGAGCUCCACCUUGGUCGCUGUCUAUUUCGUGGAUGUAACUAUAAAGACCAGUUCAGCUGUAUAAUGAAGGUGCUGGGUAUCCCUCCUCCAGAGGUGCUGGUGCAAGCACCCAAAAAAAGCGACUUCUUUGGUGCUCCAGGUCCCAGCAGCAACAAAAAGCCAGCCCUGCUGAAAAGAGAAAAAAUGCCUCCAGUGCAGUUGCCAGCAGUAAAGAAGACCAAAGCCAAGAAGGGUGUGAAUGUGAGUGAACAGUGUGUUUCUAUAUGGACUGCUGACCUGUACCAGCUGGGAUUGGCUCCGCCCCCCUACGACCUCAAGGAUGAGCAGUUUAUAGACUUUCCAAAUAAAACGGAUCCAGCUGUGCGCGGCUGUGCGCCCUCAGUGCGUCACACCGCUCUGCUGCAGACAGACGGACAGACAGACAGACAGACAGCGGCGAGCAGGAGGAGGAAGAGAAGGAAAGAUGUCUGGUAUCAUGCUGCUGUCGGUGUCUUGGAGUUUGUGCUUGUUGUGGGCGACCGGAGGGAGUGCGCGGAGCGGGGCAGUGAUCCUGCGGGACGCCCUGGAGCGAGUCCCGGUCAGCCUGAACGACAUGUUCCGAGAGGUGGAGGAGCUGAUGGAGGAUACCAAGCACAUACUGGAGGAGGCAGUGGAUCAGAUAACUACAGAGAGUGCUAAAUCAUCUUUAACGUCACCAGAUCUGCUUCUUGCCUACCACAACGAAACUCAGAGGAUUAUUAAGAAUGGAGACAGAGACGUUCAGGUCCUAGAUAGGACCGACAAGGAAACUAAUAACAAAACAGGAGAGACUCAUCUUUCACACAUCCAUAUGGAGCUCAAUGGGCUUUGGAACAGUGUCGAUCAC